GCGGUUGGUCGCUGUUUGCUCUGCACCAAUCCCGUUGUGCUUUACUAAUCCAAACUAGCCAAUAGGCGCUCGUUUUGUUACACCGUCUCGGAUAGAGGCGCGCACGGGCCAUCGGGAUCCAGCAAGCCAGUAACGGAGAUACUCUGCAUCUACUUCGGUCUGGAAACAAGCCGCUAAAGCAUGUCGGAUUUCCUUGAAGACCCGUCCGUUCUCACAAAGGACAAGCUGAAGAGCGAGCUGCUGGCGAACGAUGUUCCUCUUCCCAGCGGUGAGCACAGGAAAGAUGUGUAUGUCCAACUUUACCUCAAACACCUGACCGUUCUGAACAAGAAACACUCCCCGACCGAUACUUUCUCGAGUGACGAAGAAAUAACACCAGUGAUCUCUAACAGAAAUCGAUCAGGAAAAAAAGCCACGAAAAAGACGGAUAAGAGUCGGAAAGAGGAGGUGGAUGUUGCUGGUUUGACCGACAGCGACUUGAAGGAUCUUCUCCUGAAGUAUGGCAUCAAUCCUGGUCCUAUAGUCGCCUCAACUCGUAAACUUUAUGAGAAGAGAAUUCAAAAGCUGUUGGAUCAGCCUCCUUCAGAAACCACACCACCUGAACCUGAAACAGCAGUUCCAGAGACAGUACCUGUCAAGGCAGACGGCAGUCAGAACGGCAACACGCGCACGGGGGAGGAACAGUACAGCGACAAGGAAGAAGAUAUUCAACCAGUACCAGAGCCAGUUCCUGUUACACCACGGUUUGUGAGAAGCCGAGGAAAAACCCCAGUGACCACCAGGACAAGCAGCAGACACAGCAGUAAGCAGGUAGAGGGGACAACAGUAGCUGAAGAACAGUCCUUUUCUGUGGACAGGAGUGAUAUUUUAAAAGAAAUAUUCCCUAAUGAACCUCUUACACCCACAGGAAUUAGUGCCACCUGUCGGCGGCCUAUCCAUGGGGCAGCUGGGCGUCCAGUGAGGGCACAUGACCUCUGGCCAGAAGAGUCUUUCCUACACCAGCAUGUGUUCACAACCACCAAGUCAUCGCUCACACAGAGUCACAGCACUCCAUUACAUGCCUCAUCGUUCUCUCCACCGUCUGAGCUGCGUCCAUGUCGUCGCUCCUACUCCAUCUGGCUCAAACUGCUGGUGUUCCUUGUGCUGGCUGCUUCACUCUACCUUGUCUUACAGAAUGUGAGCAGUGAGCAGAUUGACUCCUGUAUAAUCUUCUUACAGGACAGGGUGGUCACGCCUCUUCUCACUGUGAUUGGUGUUAUCGGCCAGAAAGAGAAUUCUGGUACCAAGUGAACACGUCUUCUCCCAGUGUAUCUAUGAGCUGUCUCUAUUCUCAGACUUUAGCCACAUCCUCAUCUGAUUGGAGGAUCAACAUAUUGGCAGGGUUUGUGCUUAUGAUUAUUGCAGCGCAACUUCUCACUCAUGUCUAAAUGUGUUUUUUAAGUAGUCUGUAAACUGUGUUUUCACCUUGUUUUUACUGUUUUGUAGCAGGGUAUUGGGAGAGGAAGACAUUUCUGUAGCCUUGUAUUAUGACAAAACAACUGCCACUGUGUAUGCCCAUAGGGCUUCUAGAUAUUCUCCAUUACAAAACUGAUUUGUUUUAGAUGUCAACAGAUUCUUUUAAUGGUCAUUAGUAUGCUAAAAAGUACUCUUUUGUGCGCAGUUGAUUUUCCUAAACAUUACUGUAAGCACAUACAUUUUUUUGCUGUUCCGGUUAAUUAAUAAUUUACCAGGAUAGCAAAAAUAUUUUCUAUAUGAAUUGUAUCAUUGUUUGUCUUUGUGUAUAGAAGCAUGGAAAUGUGUUUAAACUACUAGACUACAUGGUCAGUUAUGCACUGUAUGUUUAGUGCUGGUUUUUCAACAGACCAUGGUUCACAUCUUUAUACUCUGUGCACUCCUCUCAGGCUAUAGAUUUUUCCCUUUUAUUUUUAUUCUCUCAUUGGUUUUGUGUAAGAUGACGGCACAUUAGGCAUGUUCUCUACAUGUAUUGUGAAAGUCCAAUUAUCAAACGCAAGAAAAAUCGUCAUAGAACAAACUUUAACCACCCAACCUGCUUUUUAUUUUCUGGGCAAACACUGGUUAUCAUUAAAAGCAAAUUUUCUUUGCUGCAGCUGAAAUAAUUCAGAAGGUCACAUUUGCAUCUGUUUGACAAGCAUAAAAUAGUGUAGUUCAAAUAUAUACAUUUACAGUAAACUUUUGUUUUGAUGGUUGAAAAUGUUUUUUGUAUUUUACUAUUUUAAUUUUGAAAAUGUCUCUGCUUUCUACCUGCAAUAUUUUUGUAAUUUUAUUUUUUCCUUUUAAAAAUAUUUUUUUUUAAAGACUAGUAAACACAGUUCAUUGGAAGGGUAUGUGCCGGUGAGGUGCAGCAAACAUUUGAAACCUGCUGUCCAAAAGGCAGAAAGUGUUUAAAAAAAAAAAUAAAAAAACAAAAAAAAAAUUAAUACAUUUUGCACUUUGAUACAGGGCAGCUAUUAGAAUCUAAUGGUUAACUGGAAUGUUUCUUCCUGAUGAACUGUCUGUCAUUGGUUAAAUAUAACAAUUGUGUGAAAUAAAAAAAAAUGUACAAAAGACA